UAUUUUGGGAAUCAUUGACGAGAGAAUAUUUUGAGCAGUGCAAUCAUGUAAACGUUGUUGACAAAUACUCGGAAUACAUAGCUUAGCGUGUAUGUCGAAUUGAAUCAACUCUUCUCCAAUUCACUUUGUGCACAACGUUUGUUGUUAGUUGUGUGUGGGGUUGCUGGCCGAAAUACCUCGUAGAUAUUGGAAUUUUACGCCUCUUAGUAAAUAGCCAUUCGUGCACCACCAAACCAGGCCAGCGUGUGACCAUCUUCACUCUAAGCGGUGUUGGAGGAAAUCUUGUUACGCUGAUCUAAGUACUGCUGGAGAGCUGCCACGGAUUUGCUGGUCGUCAGAGUCUCGUAAGCCCGUUAGCCCCCCCCCCUCCCGUGGCGAGAUAGCACUGGUGUAGAGUGUCUUGCCUUGUGACGAACGCGGAGGACGAGAAACGCUCGCAGAGAAUAGAUUGUGCGCCCAGUUGCGUGUGUCCCUUCGUAGCAGCAAGUAGUUCACAAAGCCUGCAUGAGCAACGAGGUUGUGGACAGCUAGCUUCACACGAUGGCAGCAAAACAUAGCCGAAAGUGGACAGACGUAGAGAUAGAUCGUAAUGCCAGGCCACCCAGUGCAAUGACUGUGACAUCUAUACAGCAACACCAUGAGUUACAGCAAAUUGUUUGCGACCCGCCAAUCUUGACGGACGGCAUGACAUCGAAGGAAUGGCUCGCCGUCCAUGGUCCCGAGGCUGUGGGUCUGCAGCGGAGUAAGGUGCUGGAGGCUUGCGGACCAAGGCGGCCUCCAUUCGCCACAAGCUCCGAUUACAGCAACAUCCUGGCGUGGGAUGAGAGCCACAGCACGAAAGUUUGCGGCGAAACGAGAACACAGCCUGUGGCUGUCAGCAUUGAUCCCAUUGAAGCACAACGGGUGGAGGCGAAGCUUCUGCGAAAUAUCCGUGCCAUGCAAGAGCGAUUACAGUGGCUCAAGGUUGGCAGUCGCAAGACAUUUGGAUACCUACCUGGCAAUCGUGUAGCAAUACUCAUCGACUGCAGUAGCGUAGUGUCUCGGACCUGCGACGAAGACCUGUACCGUGCCAUGCUCAAGUCGUUAGUACAAGACCAGCUGAGACACAAGGAGACAGUCUUGCCUGUAAUGUGUGCCGACGAUGCAUCCCUGCUCUGGAGCCAGCCGCAUCACCUUGAUGACAGCCGUUUUUCCCCUUAUCUCUGUAGGGCAAUGAGCUUGCUGUCGUGGAUGGCAAGCUUUGCGUUCGCCGGAUCAUGUAACCUGAUGGACGGACUGCGGAAGGUAGCGCUACAUGCUGGUGAUCUAGACUGUGUGACAGUUGUACUAGCUAGUCAGGCUUGUCAGCGAUCCAGCCUCUUGGUUGACUUUGCUCGGCAGCUUGUAGUUGGACGAUCAUUGAAACUCCACCUGGUGUCGAUAAACUGUGAUGACUCGACCAAGGCAUGCCUGCACGAGAUUGCAAGCCGCACAGAGUCCGUCUUCCACUUCUACGAGGCUUCCGCGGAUGCUGGUGAGGAGGUGUUCAGUCAAGAUAUCAUGGAUCUGCAAAAGGAACUUGAAUGUCAGUACAACACGGUGCAUCACUUGCGACAGCUAAUGUCUGGCAGAGUUGACCUUGGUGUGGCUGAACAGCUGCAUAAGAUCAAGUCAUUUUCAGAGUGGCCAAAAGAUGAGACAACAUUGGAAAUUGCCAGCUCAGGGCCAAGGAAACAGCAUAUGUAUGUUGAACGUCCGUACCUUUCAUCCAUGGACUGGCUUGUGGACAACUCGCUGAAGAGUCAGAAUCUCAGUAUCUAUCAGUUCCUUGCACCGAACUCCAUUCCAUCGCGCAGUCAGUUUGUUGGUGUGCUGCAGAAGGAUGUAGCAGCUCAAGUGUUUGUCGAUCGCAUGACUCAGUUCACUUGGUUUGACGAUACCAUCAGACAUGUCCAUGUGGAUGCUGCAGAGCUGUACGAGUACCAGCACAAGCUGGAUGAUAUGAUGGAUCUGUACAGGAAGAGGAUUUCCUGGCUGAAGUCUGACACCCGUAGAACAUUUGGCACGAUCACUUCCAAGAAUGUUGUCCUGCUUGUUGACACAUCCACGGCGACAGCGUCCUGUCAGACACAGCUGCAAGAACACCUGUGUCAGUUUCUAGGAGAACAAAUCGCCUUCUGCGAAACAUUCAACCUUGUACACUUCAACAGCAGCGAGGUUGCACUCUUCAAGCCUAAGCCCGUCACGACAUCAUCCGAGAAUCUCAGUGAGGCAUUGAGGUGGCUGUUGUCAUGGCAAUGUGCUGGGUCAUGUGACUUGAUGUCCGGACUGAAGUGUGUGCUGGAAGGUGAUGGGCUGGUGCAGGUGGAUCUUCACCCAUAUGAUUCUAUUCGAGUGGUUGUAACUGGCUGUCCGGUUCAAAAUGAGAAACUGCUGCUAGCGUACUUAUCCCAACGUCUUCUUCUUGACCCGGUCACAAUCGACACUGUACUCUAUACGUGUGGAACUGAGGAUGGCAAUGUGCUGGAACAGAAUAGCAUGACAGGAACUGGACAUUACCUGAGCACGAAACAAUUGCAUGGCUAUGUGCAGAGGCUGGCACAUCAGUUUGAUGGUGUUUUUCACUGGUAUGACCACCAAGGAAGUGUGGACAGCGAUGACAUCCGUGUUAUUGAGGAAGAGAUCGAAAAGGCCAGGGAAUUUUCAAGAAAGGCUGGCUUGCUGGGUGAACACAUGAGACAGAAUGCCGAGCGAUAUCGGGAGGAAGCUCUGGACAAACGGCCUGCUGUCUCUGCACCACCUCAACCACCACCUGCUACUAGGAUAGUCGUGGGACCACCGAGAGAAACAGUGGCAUCAAGUGCACGCAAGGAUAUCUCGGCUCAAAAGAUUGCAGCGGAAACGAAGAAGACAGUCACGAAAAGGAAAGGGAAAGGAAAGCGUCCGUCAACAGCGCCAUCUCGCAAGCCACCAGCACUGGCCCUGUCGCAUGAUUCAUUUCUCUUGGAUGAUGGCAAGUCAGGCGUUGCAAUCCGAGCUGUGUCGCCAUCUGUGCACCGUAGUGGCAGCAGGAUCGGCUCAUCGACCUCUUCCGCUGGCAGUGUCAAGCGCAAAAAGAGCUCAGGAAUUGGCGACUGUAUCACUACACAAAAGUGGCUGAAAAAGAACUCUUUGGAGGCACUUGAUCUGGAUCUUCACCGCCUUGUGAAGGAAUUUGACUUUGGAAAUCAGCAUGCGAAUGACUCUGUUCUGUCCAAGCCCUUCAUCCGAAACAAGUUCUGUGCACUGUAUCCACACGUCACUAUCGGCAACAGCCUGUACCAUCUUCGUUACACGGAGCAGGAGCUGCAAGACUACAUCAGUGCUCUCAACAUUGCUCUGCAUGCUUACAUUGACCGACUGGUCCAUCUCCUCUCAGGCAGCAGGCGUGUGUUUGGUCAAGUUCUCGAGUCUAAGUUCUGCAUUAUGCUCGAUGUGUCCGGAUCCAUGUCUGGCAGGAUGCAUGAACUUCAAGCUGUCCUUUAUCAGUUCAUUGAUGAUCAGAUGGAGGGAAGCAAGAAGCGGUGCUGCCUGCUGGCAUUCAACUCCGAGACGGCAUGCUGGAAUCCAGACCUGCAAGAGAUCACACUGGCAAACAAACAUGAAGUCAGAGCCUGGAUCAGACAACUGCAGUCAUGUGGUAGUACGGAUAUGAUGUCAGCUCUGCAGUGCCUGGGACAAGUGCAGGAUAUUCAAGCUGUGUAUGUGCUCACGGACGGCCUUCCAGAUCAGAGUGUGGAAGCCGUGCUCGAGCGGGUUAAAAAUAUCCAUGAAGUACGAAGAUUUCCGUUUCACUCUGUUUCCUUUCUGUCAGCUCCACGACCCGUAGACAGUUUCCUGAAGAAGAUGUCGUCAUCGACUGGUGGACACCAUCACAAGUGCGUCACGGAGGCAUGUGCCGACGCGGUGAUCAUGCAGUUGUGUGCGCUGCAGCACAACCAACCUCUGCCAUCCCUCUGUGCUGCGGACACUGAGCCCGAUAGCUCGCAAAACCAAGCAACAGAUGAUAGUGCUGGUAAUGCACUACCGCCAGUCGCAGAGCAAGCCGUAGGCGGCCUGGUUGAGAAAUUAUCCUUGGCCGCCUCCGGGCCGAAGCCAUCACGCUCCGGUAUUGUUCAAGGUAGCCGGAGAGCCUGGCUAGGCUCGAUGCAGCGUGAAGGAUCACACCAGGAGCACGUGGGAAGGAUUACCUGCAAACUGUUGAGAUUGAUGCUCAAAGAGCUGCAUGGUGACCAGUUGCGUCCGCUGUGCACGGAGCUGCUAACGGCCAACAAGAAUCACAACAUGGCGUACAAGUACAGAGAUCUGCUGAGAAUCAAAGCUGUGUGAUGUUCCCAGGCAUGCUACCGUGCAGUGCAGUGCACGUCCAGCGAGGACAGUUUCACUACGCCUGCUCUACACAAGGGAAGUCCCUUCUGCAUCGUCAUGGUUGCUGCCAGGUCCCUGGAUGUGCUGUGGGAUGACUGGGCACAGGGCAGUCCUGUAUUAUUAUUGCUUUCCGAAGUUGCAGUGAUGCAGAGGAAGAUCUCUGACCCCCCCCCCCCCCCUCACACACAUCUUUUUAACAAACUCUGACACAGUCCAGUUUCUGCUCAUAACGUUCAUAAGCAUUUUUAAUGCUUAAAACGUAGCAUUGAUUAACAUCAAUGCUACGUUUGUACAAUCAUAGAGAUAAUUCUGGCAAGCCGAAGAACUUUGUCAGCUGAUUGAGUGCUAAAAGUGGGCUACUGUCUACUGAUGGUGUUUCAUUCGGCAAUUUAUACAGCCAGUAUUACAGCAUGUUUGCAAUGAGAUAGUGAUUCUUGAGCGAUGAUAUCAGUAACUGAA